AUGCACAAGAUCCUGCAACGCUGCUUCGUCCCGACGCGUAGAUCCUCCAUUGACGCCAGUGACCCUGUACCUUUUCAAAUUCCGGAAUCCUUUUUUCCAAACCACCCCAUCCAUCAGCGCCACCAGUAUCGACUUGCUGAUUCUCACACAAAUCUCCUCGGUUACUUCAGUGUCAAGGAUGCUGAGAUACUCGUCAAUCAGCACGGCAUGAUGGACCUUGCUCAUUACCACCUCCAUCCGCCUGACACGCCACCUCAAGUGGACCCGAAUACGCGAUACGAUGUGCCAAUUCAUCUUCUCGGACCCUCGGCGAAAGAUGACAAGAUUCUCGACCGUCUCCACCCCAUACAUGAAGCGCAUCAGCUCCUCGUGCUCAGAAUUGUGCAUGAUGGUGACUUGAAGGGUAUCGCAUUCUAUGAGAUCUACCAUUUCGACAUGGAGAGGCUGCACCUCCGGCUCGCGCAGGGCUGCCGAAUUGCUGGACUUGAGGCCUUCAAAGCGUACGUGCUGCAGACUGGAACCGAGCGCGGAGAGGAUGCCCGAUACGUGCUGACUCGAAAGAUUCGCGAGGGCUCCAAAGGUGACGGAGGAGAGCCGUCCGUGGUUCCCGAGAAUCUGGGCGGCUUGCUGGGGUAUCAACGAACUGGAGAUCGUGAGAUGCUCAACGUUGGGUGUAUGCGCGACCAGAGAGUCCAGGGCCCAUCCGGAAGAGUACGCGAUGAUGAGAUGUCUCGUGUAUCGGAGAAGACACGGGCUGACGCAGAGGCUCGGGGAAGCGGUGAUGGCGAUGCGGCGGAAGAGGAGGAUUUGCGAGGGCAGGGUCCAAACUCUGGCGAUGAGAGUGCAUGCACUGAGGGCAGUGCCGUCCGCCAUGGGUCAGUCAUCGUCGACAUUGGAGGCUCGUUUGAGGGCAAGGUCACUCGUCUGACGACUUUUGAAUGGAGCAUCAUGCCACCGAUGUGUGGAUUAUUUUGUUCUCUCACGCAUUGUUUGCAUUUUUCAUCUGCCACCUCAUCUUUAUUCGCGUGCUUGAACCUUGACUUGGUUCAUUGUUCCCCCCAGGCUCGUGACGAAGACCUAGGCGCCAAAGGAUACCAGGAUGCCGUCGUGACGAUGAGGAAGAAAAAACAAUUGAAGAUGGCUCUCAACGGCCUGACUUGUCCGACUCGGAGCCAACUGAAACUGCACAUCACCGCUCUUGCAGACUUGACGAUCUUGUCUUUGCACUACUACAGGCCAACUGGUGAUGACCUUGCUAUCGAUCAAGCGCGCGCCGGCGUUGCCGGAGAAGGGUCUUUACUGGAGUCUGGCGACUCAAGCGCCUCACGAGUGAGAAUGUUUGAUAUUAUGGUGGACCGACUCCCUAAUGAACUUGCCGAAAGUAUCACCGCCGAGAGUUAA